UACGACUCAAGUGAACACUGAACUGUGAAAUUAAUAACUAUAAAGUAAUGUGUGCUGCGAGUUUUAGAUGAGAUUAAAAUACAAACAUGUUUGUUUUAACAGAAAUGAAAGAUGUUAUUCGUGUAAAUCCAGCACACUUUCAUCUAAGUUUAUUGGAAUCUAUUACUUCGUUACUGAAUAGAAAAUUAGCAAACAAGGUGGUUCUAAAUAUUGGGCUUUGUAUAGCCUUAUUUGAUAUCACACAUAUUGGGCAUUCAUACAUAUUUCCUGGAGAUGGAUCAUCACACACAGAGGUUAAAUUUAGGUAUAUUGUUUUUAGGCCUAUAGUAGAAGAAAUACUUAUUGGAAAGAUAAGGAGUUGUAGCAGGGAAGGAGUUCAUGUGACAUUGGGAUUUUUCGAUGAUAUAUUAAUACCUGUCAAUGCACUGCAACACCCAUCUCGAUUUGAUGAUACUGACCAGGCAUGGGUAUGGGAGUAUCCUAAGGAGGAUGGUGAAAAACAUGACCUUUUUAUGGACUCAGGUGAAUCAAUUAGAUUUAGAGUUACAAGUGAAGCAUUUGAGGAAAGUCUACCUAAUAAGCCGCCGGGCUCUGAGCGUACAGUACAAGUACCUGCACCUUAUAAGCUGAUUGGUGGUAUUAAUGAGCCGGGAUUAGGGUUAUUAUCGUGGUGGGAAACUCCGGAGAACGAUGAUGCUGAUGGCAGUGAGGAACAGGAAAAUGAUGAAUAAACGUUAUAAAUUAAUAAA